GGUCGUGAAUUUCAGAUUUACUGUGACAUGGUAUCAUUUGGUGGUGGGUGGAGUCUCAUAUAUUCGAGUCGUGAUGAUUCUACUGGUGACAACAACAUGCAAAAAGGGAAUAAGUACACUGCACACAUCACUAGCCUCGACCCAGGAAAUGCAAACAAGCGUCUGGCGUACGACGUAUUUAAAGACAUAGAGCAAAGCAGUGGAGGAUACGAAGAAGUGAUGCUGACUGGAUACAGAGACUACAGAUUUAAGAGGCCGUUGAUCAAGAUGUACUUCCACAAAAUUUCAACAUCAGGACUUACCUUCAGUCAGUUUAUAGCAAGAGGAAUGGGUGGUUCAAGAAGUGGCUGUGGCACUUCGUAUUCUUACUACGGCACAGAAAUAAGCAGCGGCAAACCUAUUGCUCUCAGCUGGGAAAACUAUGCUUUCGUUGCUGGAGCGAUGUCUUCCAGCUGUUCCUGGUAUAAAGAAAUCUGGAAUGAGAUUGAUGAAGAUGGUGGACAUUUACUUGCUCCACAAGACUGGGAUCGUGCUGAAUCAUACAGCGGUCAGUCUCGCUCUAGCGGAAGUUGCGCAAGUCGCGAUCUCUUUCACAUCUUCAUCCGCUGAUGGAGUCAAAGGGCUUCAAUUGAUGACUAUUGGUUCGUAGUUUAAACUUGCCAUUUAAAAAUGUAAAUGAAACGACAACACCGGUGGUAGGCAAACCUCGGUAGGCAUUAUUAGUCUGUAGUAGUUUGGACACUGAAU